GGUGUUAAACCUAUUUCAUUAGAUGAUACUAAUCUUUUUUUGUGGUUAGUAAUUCUUUUAUACACGAAAGCUGGGUACGCUUUAUUGGCCCAAAAGCUUCUUACUGUUUCAUUUUAUGUCGUUUAGUGCCAGCUCUCAACACAAUUCCUCCCACAAACGCUUCUAUUGGGCUUCCAGUGGAAAGCUCCGCUCUAACGUUAUUUCCCACUCACCGACCGAUCAGACCACCAUGCUUUUCCCCUCUGCAGCUCUGACCACUUUACUGUACUUCUCCCAUUUACCUCCUCUUCGCAGAUGCUCGCUCACGUCAUCGCCCAUGCCGCAUUCGCACAACUACUUGAACACGACACUAGCCAUGUAUUGUACGGACCAAUCAACAUCUCCACCAGUGUGCAUAGAAGAAGUGAUGUCUUCUCUGGUUUCAACCCACGACCUCAUUCUCACCUCCUAAUUGGAAUUGGAAUUGGAAUUGGAAUUCUUCCUCUCUCUGUUCCCAUAUUCCACCCCCAGUCCUCUCAACUCUCUUUUGCGCUCUUACCUCUUCUGCCUGCCUUUGCCAAUGAAAUUCCCCCUCUGGCCAAAAUCAUGCCUUCGCUAUGCUAUCCUUUUAUUACCCAGUUAUCGCAUGUAUGUAUCAUAAGAUGGGCAUGAGGAUGCCGGUGGAAAUGACGUUUGAGAGGACGGAGAGGACGAUGUUGCCGGCACGGAUGAUGCGUUUCAGAAAUGGAGGAGGGAGUACACAGAGGGAGUGGUGGCAGCGGAGGAGGAUCAGGAAGAGGUAGGAGAUGGAGGCAGCGACAAAUAAGGGGUGGAGGCAAAGAUGAGGGUUUCCUUUGUCUCCUUAUCAGAAUAGUCAGGUAGGUUUGUUCAUUCUAACCAGAGAUUUUAUUUUUCCAUUCCAGUUGAUGCCUUGCUUUCUGUUGAACUGGCGCUUAUCGUUAUUUAGCCUUCUUCUAGGUAGAAAAUAAGUUGAAAAUAGCAUACUAAGGCGUAGUGAUGAUCUCUACGAAGAUGAAGAAAGAGGAGCUCGCUAGAGGUACAAAGCUGGAUCCAUCUGCUAAUAAUUCUACUGCUAUUGCUCAUCAUAUGGGGAACAAAGUUCUACCCAUUAACAGCAAAGACAAUGCUACUUUGACUCCACGGUUUCCCCGCUUUGAGGAAUUCUAGAGAUAGACGCCAAACAGGUCAAAGGGUACAGUAAGACCAAUGCCAUUUCCAAGAUGAAUGGCCUGCAGCUACCAAAUUUGAGAAGACUGGGAAGUUCCUUGGCCGCAAGGUAACAUCUUUUUUAUGUAUGAACAUUUUUUGUAUGCCUUUCAAGUGUGAUCUUUUUAUAUCACUGUCAGGUUCUACCCCAAUUUCGAAACCGAGGAACCUUGAAAGCAAUGCGAGAGGAUUCAGACUUAACGGGAAAAAAUGGUUCAGCUUGAUAUGGGAAGUUGAAAGCAGCUUUACCAUAUUCUCAACACUGUACUCACUUUUUGCCCUGUCGCGGUCCAAGACAGAAAGGCAACUAGAUCACCACUAAUUUGGACUAUGAAUGCCUAUACACAUACAUAUAUACUUUGUUUCAUUCAUGUUUCUUUUCAUCCAAGGAAUCUGAACAACCUUAAUUUCACAGUUGUGGCACUGCAGCUUUCAACAAGGCUGGAAGGAGGCAUCGAAGGAAAAAAUGGUUACUUGCUAUUUUUGUGCUUCCUUGGCGAGGAAUCUAUUGAUUGCAUUUCUGAUAAAGAGAAGCUUCUUUGUGGGAAUUUCUUCGGCUGCCCCAAACAAAGUCCAGAACAGUGGGAGUAGCUUCAUCUCCCUCGUUGGCGGCUUCGAGCAUGUUGUUCUCUCUCCAUCAGUCACCAGCAACGCUAUCAUCAUCCGUGGAGAGCCAGCUCGUCGAAGGGAGGAGUGGAGAGUUGUUCUGCUUUCAGUAUGCUUCUCUAGAACUUUCUAGUGAGAGGAGAGACGUUGUUGAUGUAAGCGUUAUUAGAUAAAGCAAAGGUAUAAGGGACAAAGAUGUAAUAAAAAAAUUGACAGAGAAUCCCUUUGAAAAUCCCUACUUUAUUUCGAUAGUUAGGGGUCGUUUGGAAGUUGUGAUUGUUUAAUAGAUGUAUUUUUGAGAAUGCAUGUAUAAUAUUAUACAUGUAUUGUCGAAUUUGAUGCAUUGUAGAAUACAACGUUUGGUAUGUG